AUGGCGAACAGCGGCGCGAUCUCGAGAGCCGCUUUAUCCCGGAUUGGGUAUAGAUCCACCCCUUCCACUUCGAGGGCCUUUGCGACGAUUCCAUCCAAGCCUCACCACCGGAUCGUCGUCGUCGGUGCCGGAACAGCGGGUGUCACUGUAGCUGCGCAAUUGGCGAGGAAUGCUCAGCUCAGGAAGCCUGACAUCGCCAUCAUCGAUCCUGCCACGACCCACCAUUACCAGCCCGGAUGGACUCUUGUUGGCACUGGGCUCAAGCCCCUCAAUGAAAUGAGCAAGCCGCUAGCCUCAGUCAUCCCACCUAAUGUCAAGCACUACCCACUCAACGUCACCAACUUUGACCCCUCGAACAACGUCGUGAAGACAUCCGAGGGCGUCGAGGUUUCCUACGAUUACCUGGUCGUCGCACCUGGUCUAGAGACAAACUUCGCUGGCGUCUCGGGCCUGACUGAGGCUCUCCAGGACCCCACGAGCGCAGUCUCUUCCAUCUACUCGGGUGAAACCGUCCAGAACGUGUGGAAGCAGAUCCAGGCCUUCAAGGGUGGCAAGGCCAUCUUUACCCAGCCCGCCGGCAUUAUCAAAUGUGCCGGUGCCCCUCAGAAAGUCCUCUGGAUGGCGUUGUCGCAGUGGUCCCGAGACGGAGUCCGGGACAGCGUCGAUGCCACAUUUGCGACUGGUACACCAAGCAUGUUCGGCGUGGCAAAGUACAACGCGGCCCUGGAAGAGAUCCGCCAAGAACGCAAUGUCGAGGGCCUUUUCCAACAUAACCUUGUCGCAGUUGACCCCAAGGCAAAGGUUGCCACCUUUAAGAAUUUGGCCGAUGGUGGGAAGGAGGUACAGAGGGGCUUCGACUUCUUGCACGUAGUUCCUCCCCAGAAGCCCUGGGACUGGGUCGCCAAGUCGCCUCUUGCUGACGAAGGAGGUUGGGUCGCUGUGGACAAGGCGACCACCCAACACAUCAAGUUCCCCAACGUCUUUUCUCUCGGCGACGCUUCAAGCCUACCCAACAGCAAGACUGCCGCCGCCAUCACAUCUCAAACACCCGUCCUCAUCCACAACCUCCUCUCCGUCAUAAAUGGCAAGCAGCCCAAGGCCGAAUACGACGGCUACGCCAGCUGCCCCCUCCUCACUGGCCACAAUGAGCUCAUGCUCUGCGAGUUCAAGUACGGCGGUGUGCCCCAGGAGACGUUCGCGAACGUGCUGGGGGACCAGGCAGAGCCCAGGAGGGUGUUCUACCACUUGAAGAAGGACUUCUUCCCUUUCGUCUACUGGCAAGGAUUUGUAAAGGGAACCUGGUAUGGGCCGAAGGCUUUUAAUGCCCCAAAAUUCGAAUAA